AUGUCAGAAGCCAUGUCACUGAAAAGGCCAAGAUCAACUUCUAACACAACUGAAGAGCCAGAAGAGAAGUACAGUGCGCACACGGCCGCUCAACAAAUGCUGCUGAAUCCUGCUUUGGCAAAUGCAACAUCAGAACUGGAAUACCCAUUAUCAAUGAUGAGGAAAGAAAAAGAGGAUGCCCAAUCUGCGUCGAACACACCAGCCUCUUCCCGAAGACAAACUAUGAGUACUCCAUCUGUGGGUCCCCGCCCGAUUCGUGUUCCACAACAAUCGAUUUUCAAUCCUCUUCACUUUGGAAUGCUGCCCCAAUCUCAACAAUUAGUUCCUCCGAAUAUAGAGGAUGCUCCUUCUUCAUCAACCGGACGUCCACAAUCUCCUGCACCACACAUUUAUAAUGUUCCAAGUUUUCAAAGAGCGGACGAAGAGAUCUAUACGAAGUUUGUUGAUUCAGUUCGAAAAUUGGCAGCAAAAUUGGCAAUGGAAAGGAGUUGA